AUGGGAGACGAGCUUGAUAUCGUAGACCCAAUCAAAAGCUGCUCAGUCUGCAUGAGGAAAUACGAUGGCAAGGAAGUCAAGCGGCACACCAUCAAAUGCGGACAUAUCUUCUGCAGAGCCUGUCUUGACAAGACAAUAAAAACCCGCGCUGAAUCCUGCCCAACCUGCCGAAAGAAAUUUACCAGCAAAGAUAUUAUUGCCCUGUAUUAA